AUGCUCUUCACUCGCAAACGCUCCCUCUCCCUUGACUCUUUCGACUCUGAGAAACCCAUGGCCAAACGUGCGCGCCGUCAAGUAUUACCACAGUCUUCACCAGUUCCAGCUCCGACGAAGGUCGACUCCCUCGACAAGUCGCGGAGUCUCACGCCCUCACCUCUUUCUACAACCACAUCGUCAUCAUCUCCUGCAUCACCUCCUUCGCAGUGCUCAAAUAAGCCGGAGUCAUCGCUCUCCGCAUCUCCGUCUUCAUCUUUUGAUUCCUUAUCGUCAUCGCUGUCUCCGGCAUCAUUACUUUCCAGCCUGACGCCUCCUUCCUCUCCACCCACUGUCGCAUCUGUUUCGUCACCGCAUACUGUGCCGAAUGCUCUUCUUUCAUCAGAGAACGCUGAAGCACCCCCCACAUGCUCUUUCGCGAACGAUGUCACGGCCGACGAGGAAGCACGCCUCACAGCGCGCUUCCAAGACGAUCUUAGGCGAAUCUGGGGCAAUUUGGCUAUUAUGCAGGCGUCAAUAGGUUUUUAUGACCUCAUUGUUCGCCUUGGUCUAUGGACCGGAACGAGGGAGGAAGUCCUUGAUACCGGGGACUUCCACGAAAUAUCUUCCCAUCCUGCCUUCCAUAAUCCAUUGAACCGCGUCAUCGACAAAGUCAUCUAUAGUGUCGACCAUAUCUUCGCUUCAAUCCGGGGCGGGAACCUUCCCUCUGCGUCCUUUCCUCCUACAAGUCUCAAUUCUCGAAGCACUAGGCAUCUCGAAGAUCUCGAUGGUCCGAGUGCUGCCAGUGACAUGGUGGUCGCCGAGGAGCUCAUGUACAUGAAAAGAAGCUACAUCACGGCGAUAUCGACACGAAAGACGCGCCUGCUCCUCCAGGGCCUUCUACAGUACUGGGGCCUUUAUUUUUCUUUCUCCACAACUAGCGCUCAGAAUCAAGCUGGUAUUCCGUCAACAUCUCCGGACCUCGCGUUUGCCCUCAAACUACUCAGACGCUUACGGGCUUCAGCCGCUGCGGCCGGCGUCGACACGUCUCAUUUAGCCGACAAAGUUUUCUAUGCACUGUACCUCUCUCGGAUCCUCGUUCUUUAUCACUUCCUGGACAGCCUUCCAUCCGAUAUCUCCGAGAGUCAAGCCCACAGAGAAUGGCUCUAUUUCCAACUCGCUCCACCGCUGACAUCGGCGGGCGUCGAUAUAUUUACGGCGGUCUUGGAGGGCGUUGCUGGAGGGGAUGUUGACGAUUUGCGGACGGUUGCGGAACGUAGAUUAUCCGCUCUAGGCUGGAGGAACCACCAGUGGUUCUCUCAAUCACUCUAUGGAAGUUAUGUGGAGGGAGGGUUCUAUGUCGAUCCUCUGGAAGAAGUGCACCCACCGCUAUAUCUCGUCAUCGAUGAGAUCGAGAUGCCCGUUAGUGAGGGGCUCAAACCCCGAGCUGCUCGUCGGGUCGCUCGCAAGCGUGCAGAGGUCUACUCCUUACUCUGCCGACCUGAUUCAUCGUAAUCAUAGGCGCCCGAGCUUUCCUUUUCUUUCGCCCGAUCAUCUAUCAUCAAUAUUCCGUCAUUCUGUUCAUCUUUGCUAUCGUUCCUUUUCUGUUUCAGUGCUUCGUUGUGUUCUACCCGGCCUCCUUUGCAAUUUCCGUGUCGGAUACGACUUCCGUUCCCCCUUCGUUCAAAGGUCCCAUAUCUCUUCCAUUCUCCCCUGAUUGAUUGUACAACAUAUAUCACAGCAUCUAUUUAAGCUCCUUCCCUUCGCACUUCUAUUUUCUCUGUUAUGUACCUUGGACUUGGCCUUCACAUUGUUGUCAUUGAUAUCCUGUUUUGGUUGUGUACCUCCUGUAGUGAAGGCCAGUCAUCGUCGUCUCUGUUUCUCCGUCUAUCUUAUAUAUCUAUAU